AUGAGUCCAACCACCCAAGCCCUCGAAUACUCAGUUGACCAAGAGAUAGCCGACUUCUUCACCAAGACAACAGCGACCCGCUCAGCAUGCGAUGCCCGCGCAAAGGAGCUCGCCGGGGGCAACGUUACCCCGGUAGCCGUGCAGGGCGUAUGCAGCUACUCGGUGUACGCCGGGCCAGGGGAUGAGUUUGUCGUUCAGUUCCGGCUUAAAUCCCUCCAGCUGAGACCAGACAUUGCACAGCUCGCGCGGGAGAUCUACGGUCCUUGGCGCCGGAGUGGAAAGGAGCCGCUCUUGGUCUAUGUCAUGAGCCGAGUGCGCGGUGUUAGUCACCUGGACUUUGUUUUGGCGCAUGGCUUGCCCCCUAACGCGCCAGAGAACUUCACAUGGAGGAGGAAUCUCAUUGAGGAUGUUGCGAGGUUCUUUGCCCUGGCAUGGAAGGCGCCGCAGCAUAUUACCCCCUCUGAACGCGACAUCCUUCGCUAUACAUAUGAAACGGAACUGCGGCUCUUGCUCACCUCUCUACCAGCCCCUGUCUUCUCUCUGCCCAUGGUACUCCUCCACAAGGAUUUUGGUGCCUGCAACAUCAUGGUAGAUAGCGUGUCAUUCCAUCUGGUUGGAGUGAUCGACUGGGCUGAAGCUGAAGUUGGGCCCUUUGGACUAAACCUGCACUCUAUACAGUUCCUGAUGGGCCAUUUCCAUCUUAAACAUGGCUGCAUCAGAUAUGACGAUUACGACGUUUUAGAGCAGGCCUUCUGGCAUACGUUCCGCGAGGAAGUAGGGGGCUUAGGAGUCGUCGGGCUGUUGCUGUCAUUGGGCUUUACCAGCCGUCUGGCCAAUAUGCCAAAGCCAGAGCCGAUUCGAGACGACGAAAGCGGUGCCUACAACAUGCGUCACUUGGACGGCCUGCUCAUCAAUCCAGCCACAAGGUUCACGUAA